AUGCCACGCGAAGGAUUCGUAGAAAAGACGUAUUUGAAGUGCCUUCGCCACGAUCAGUGGGGACCGUUGCCAGACAAUUUGAUCGAUGUAUCCGAUUUGCAAGAGAAAGUCUGCUUUGAACACGUACACGCACGACGAUCGGAAUGGCAGUGUGUUGAUGACAGCGAAGCUGCACCUUAUCUACCGGAUCUCAAUACACGGAAAGUGGCACUUGGGAUCCAAGAGAUUCACACUGUUGAAUUGUCGAGAUUUGACAGCGAAAGCUUAAAUAAACACAUGUCACUCAAGUAUGGAUUCGUAAUCAAUACGGGUGGAUCGGUAUGGGGACUCGACUUUGCGCCGAAACGACCUUCCGUCGACACGGAACCCCUGAUUCAGUAUUUGGCGGUCGCUGGUUACCGCGGGACGGAAAACGAACAUCAUACCUACAUUGAGACACAGACGGGAUAUAAGAAUUGUGUUCAGAUAUGGCGAUGUCAGACGUCGAUUCAUGCGGAAGAAACUGAUCCCGUAUUGGAUCUGUGUCUGUUGCAUGAUUACGGUACCGUCAGUCAGUUGAAAUGGUGUCCUUACGGCGUGUAUGAAGAAGUAAGGUUGCGGGACGGGUGGGAGACUAUGGCAUGGCUUUUUGAUAUCAACUGUGAAAUGGACUGUUCUAUUAGGAGACCACUAGCCAACAAGAAACCGAUCUUCCUAAACUGGGUAUCCUCACCAUAG